AUGACUUCUAAGCACAGAACUCCCAAACGCACAGAGAGCCCCCAGAGCAGACACUGGUCUCGGGAGCUGCUGCCAGCCACCAGCACCAUCCCCAUGCGUGCCAGUGGACUGCCAGCCACGGACUCCAGGAAGCACCUUCCCCCCAAGAAGACCCGCCCGCCCUUAAACAGCAGGAAACGCUCCGACAGAAACACCGAAAGUGAGCAAACGCCAGCGCCGCGCCAGCCCCUGAAACCCCGCCAGGCGCCGCGCCGAGGCUCCCGGGCCGACCCCCCUCUACCCCCCUGGACCGCUGGCCCAGACCCCCAGCCCCUCGACCCCUUAGACGCCCUCGCCCCCAGACUCCCUCGACUCCGGCCCCCCAGCCGCCAGGCCCAAACCCCCCGUCCCCUCGACCCCUUGGAGCCCGCCCCCCGGCUCCCAGACUCCCCCCGACCCCCUCGACACCCGCCCCCAGCCGCCAGGCCCAGACGCCCCCAGUCCCCUCGACCUCUGGCCCCCUCAACCCCCCUCAGACACCGGGCCCGGAUCCCUCCGACACCUUGGACCCCCCAGAUCCCCACCCCCUCAGCCGUCCAGCCCGACCUCUGGGCCCCCCAGCCCCGCGACCCCCGCGACCCUCUCCGGCCCCUGGGACCCCGACCUCUCGGCCCGGCCCCUGCCCCAACCCGCGGGCGGCGGCGUUACCUGCGGCGAGGCGGUCUGCCGGCCCUCCGCGGCGGGCGCAGGUGA